UGAAACCGAACCAACCAGCUGACCCGGAAGUGAAACAUUUGAAUGUUGUCGUGUUUGUUGUGAUUGUUCUCCACGUAAGGUUCCACUACAGGGUUGUAGAUAACUCAAUAAUUCUGCUUUAUGCCACAGGUCACUGGCAUGCCCCUUCAAGAGAGAAGAUGGAGCCACGACAUGGGAUUAUGAAAGCCUUUCCCAAAGUUAAAAGAGCCAAAGUGUUUCAAGGGAAGGAUGCUCCUCCAGUAAAGAAGAAACCAGAUGAAUGUGAAGUCACAGGAGACACCUUUAAUGGCGUCACAGUGUACAUUCUGCCUGCUGGAGUAGGAAAUGCCAGAUGCCAGAUUUUCCAGAGACAAAUUCAGCAGAAUGGAGGACAGACCGAGAGUUCACUGUGUCCACGGGUCACUCAUGUUGUGGUGAAUGACGACAUGGACAGGGACAGGGCUCUGCGCCUGCUCAAAGUGGAUAGCAUGCCCUCUGGAGUCCAGUUGGUGAAAUGCACUUGGUUGAGCAUGUGCAUCAGUGAGAAACAACUUCUGGAUGUUUCCAGCUAUAGCCUUCUUUUACCCCCGAGGGAACCUGAAACACAACAUGAAACAAUUGAGGAGGUACCGAAGGUCGAACCUGCUGCAGAACGUGUUUUAGAGGCAGUGUCUGAGCAAACUAAGCCAGAAGAGAUCAUAGAUGAGACACUAAUUGACACAGCAGAAGAAGUGAAGGGAGAGGAAGAUGGGGUCUCUCAGGAUGACCUAGAAGCUCUUAUUUCUGGCCAUCACCCCAAGGAAGAGACCCCUGGCCCAAGCCUGGACCCUGGUCCAGACUGUACUGCUCAGAAAGUGGUCUCAGGAAAAUGGGUCUGUGCCCAUUCCUCUGAGUCAAAAACGAAUAACUUCAACAAGCACAUCACAGACAAACUAGAAGUGCUGGCCAAGGCCUAUACACACCAGGGGGACAAGUGGAGGGCGCUCAGCUACUCCAAGGCUGUCAACGCACUGAAGAGUUACCACAAGCCGAUCACGUCAUAUCAGGAGGCAUGUCAGAUCCCUGGAAUUGGAACACGCAUGGCAGACAAGAUUGAUGAGAUCAUGGAGAGCGGUCACCUGAGGAAGAUAGAUCACAUCGGGGAGGCCGUGCCAGUGUUGGAGCUUUUUACUAACAUCUGGGGCGCAGGAGCUAAAACUGCCCAGCUGUGGUACCAACAGGGAUUUCGCACAUUGGAAGACAUUCGCACUAAAGCCCAUCUGAGCAACACUCAGAAAAUAGGACUCAAGCACUACGAUGAUUUGCUGGACCGAAUGCCCAGAGAAGAAGCUGGCGCCAUAGAGAAAUUGGUGAGAGAUGCUGUCCAUGCAAUAGACCCACACCUGGUGGCGAUGGCAUGUGGCUCCUAUCGUCGAAGGAAGGCCACAUGUGGAGACGUUGACGUGCUUAUAACUCACCCUGAUGGCAAGUCCCACAAGGGCAUUUUCAGUAAAGUUCUGCAGUGCCUCCAUGACAGCGGUUUUUUGACGGACGACCUAGUUAGCCAUGAAGAGAAUGGGGAGCAGAAGAAAUACAUGGGUGUUUGCCGGCUUCCAGGACCUGGCCAACGCCACCGCAGACUGGACAUCAUAAUAGUGCCCUACAAUGAGUUUGCCUGUGCUAUCAUGUAUUUCACCGGCUCAGCACACUUCAACCGUUCAAUGAGAGCCAUGGCAAAGACAAAAAACAUGAGCUUAUCAGAACACUCGCUGAACAAGGACGUAGUGCGUCAAGGUACCUUAAAAAUGUACGCCGGAAGUCCUCUUACUACACAGACAGAGAAGGAUGUUUUUAGUCUUUUAGGCAUACCUUACAGGGAGCCUCAUGAAAGGGACUGGUGAUUAUAAUCCAGUCACUUCGCCAAUCACAAUGCCUUGUUUGCUUUUAUGGAAAAGUCAUGACAGUUAUGAAUGUGGGGAACUGCUUUUAUGCUUAACAAAAUGAAAUGUAAGGAUGUUUUACUGCUUAAAAGAUCACAUUUGACUCCAUGCAAUAUUAAUACUCCAAAUUGAAGGGCUGGGUUUACUCAAAUGUCAAAACACAUUUUUGUACUCAACCACAGUGGUAUCUUAUCUGUCCCCACGUGGUUUUGGUAUGUAGAGCCUUCGACACCAGGAACAGUUUCUUCAGCAGAUCAUCAUUGAUUAGAUUCAUAUUCUUAAAGAGAAGUUGCUGUAAAGUGUCAGUCAAAUGUCACUUUGAAACAAAGGAGAGCCAUCUCAACUAUAGCAGAUAGAUAUUAAAAAGAACCUGCAGGGUCAGGUACCACUUUGGGUUACGGUGAAAAUAUGUGUGUAAGCAAGUUAGAUGGAGUGGACAAGCUAUUUUUUAAAAGGGAAUGAUUGAAGGCAAUGCAUAUUAAAUUAUUAUAUUAAAAAAGCUAAAGCAUGAA